AGCGCUUGGGCUCAAGCUUCCACGGGUGGACGCAGGUCUGGAAGCAGGCGCGAGCGCCCUCCUGCCUCUGCAAGCCAGCCCCCCGCGCCGACACGAUGGGGUGCUGCAUGGCCUCCCGCCAGUCUUUCGACAUGGCCUCCCGCCAGUCUUUCGACCUGACGCGGUACACAGACGCCACGAGCCUCUUCGACGCUCUUGCGUUCACCGUGGAGGGCCUUCACCCAGUGCGCUUGGUCCGCAUGUCGUGGCUUCUGCAGCAGCGGGGCACGGUCCUGAAGAGGCGCCAGGAGCUGCCAGAGGAGGCGUUCGUGUCCGCCGGCGAGUUGCGGGCCAUUUGGGAAGCCAGCGGGCGAGGAGGAGUUGACAAGGUGGCGCCGAUCAUCACCAUCUCGUUCUGCUGGGACUCACGCGAGCAUCCCGACCCCAAUGGGGUGCAGCUGAGCUUGGUGAUAGACACCCUGGAGCAGGAGCGCCACAAGUACUCCAGAGGAAUGGAUAACUUUGAGGGGUUCAGCGACAUGGGCGUCUUCUGGGACUGGCCCUCGCUGCUGCAGGGCGACCCCGACAAGGCCGAUGAGGCGAAGGCCGCCGCCCUGCGGCAAGGAAAAACCCAGAAGGACGCGCAGAAGGCCGCGGACGAGGCCAAGCGUACCCCCGCCGAGAAGGCCGCGUUCAAACAUGGGCUGCAGGAGACGAUGGACCUGUGGUACGCCCACCAAGCCACUACCGUCCUCCUGCUCACCCAGCACCCCCGCGAGCGAGGCAGCGAGCGCGAGUGUGGCUACGACCAGUCGGGCUGGACAACGUACGAGCGUUGCUCCGCGGAGCAGAUCAAGAAGGUCUACCGUUAUCAGGCGAAGUGGGACGCCGUUGCCGACCUUGGGGGAGGGGCGGGGGUGACGAAGGCCGGGAGGAGGUGGCCGGUGGGCCCGGACGAGUUCGACCGGCUCAUCAAGGACAGGUCCUUCACCAACGGCGCGGACCGGGAGGCGGUGAAGGCGCUCUUCCGGCGGAUGAGCCGCGCGCAGCUGGGCGGCGUGACGAUUCUGGACUUCGACGGGAUGCCGCCCCCGACCCCCGCGCAGGUCGCGGGGCUCGCAGGCUGCCUGCGGCUGUGCGCCCGCCUGGAGAAAUUGGACCUGAACAAUUGCAACAUCGGCCCCCCGGGCGCGCAGGCCCUGGCGAAGGCGCUGCCCUCCAUGCCCGGCCUGCAGGUGCUGCGCCUGGACAGAAACGGCAUCGGCGACGACGGCGCGCAGGCCCUGGCGAAGGCGCUGCCCUCCAUGCCCGGCCUGCAGGACCUGGGCCUGGCCCGCAACGGCAUCGGCGACGACGGCGCGCAGGCCCUGGCGAAGGCGCUGCCCUCCAUGCCCGGCCUGCGGGACCUGUGGCUGGCCCGCAACGGCAUCGGCGACGACGGCGCGCAGGCCCUGGCGAAGGCGCUGCCCUCCAUGCCCAGCCUGCAGGUGCUGCGCCUGGACAGCAACGGCAUCGGCGACGACGGCGCGCAGGCCCUGGCGAAGGCGCUGCCCUCCAUGCCCAGCCUGCGGGACCUGUGGCUGGCCCGCAACGGCAUCGGCGACGACGGCGCGCAGGCCCUGGCGAAGGCGCUGCCCUCCAUGCCCGGCCUGCAGGUGCUGCGCCUGGACAGCAACGGCAUCGGCGACGACGGCGCGCAGGCCCUGGCGAAGGCGCUGCCCUCCAUGCCCGGCCUGCGGGACCUGUGGCUGGCCAGCAACGGCAUCGGCGACGACGGCGCGCAGGCCCUGGCGAAGGCGCUGCCCUCCAUGCCCGGCCUGCAGGUGCUGCGCCUGGACAGCAACGGCAUCGGCGACGACGGCGCGCAGGCCCUGGCGAAGGCGCUGCCCUCCAUGCCCGGCCUGCAGACCUGCACCUGGCCAGCAACGGCAUCGGCGACGACGGCGCGCAGGCCCUGGCGAAGGCGCUGCCCUCCAUGCCCGGCCUGCAGGCACCUGCGCCUGGCCAGCAACGGCAUCGGCGACGACGGCGCGCAGGCCCUGGCGAAGGCGCUGCCCUCCAUGCGCGGCCUGCAGGUGCUGCGCCUGGACAGCAACGGCAUCGGCGACGACGGCGCGCAGGCCCUGAAAUCCGCCUUGGGCGACAGAUGCUAUGUCUUGACCCUCUGAGCCAGGGGCGAGCCGCACAGGGCGCGGGUGAGAAACGGGAGGGCGCGCGGGAAGGGGAGGACCCAAACGCGACAAGGAGGACCCAAACACGACCAGGAAGCACCCAGACACGACAAGAUCGAG